GGGAGCCCAGCAACAGCACCGCCUGCGUAGGGCCACAGAGUAGAACACGGGGAAUUUAUUAGCCAAUCACGUUUCUUUCUCCUUAUGCCAGCCUAGCUACGCCCUCUGGCCCCUCACCAGCUCACGGCUCCGGGGCACAGCCUGUCCGGAACCAGUGUUCAGGGGACACGGCUCUAGCGGCCACAAACGCACGCUGCACCCGGAAGUAGCCUCGCCGCCGCCGCCACCAGUGGAGCGCAAGGAAACGUUCGGCGCAGGUACGUCCAGUAACGUUCUCUCCGCCACGCCGCUCCCUAGCGGAGGCAGAGGAGGCGGUGCUGAGACGCUACAGAGGCUGGAAUGUGACCUGCCGAUUUGCUCCUCAUGAGCGAGUCGGGAGGGUGUGGGCGUGGUUCCGCUAGGCCUGCGACUGCGGCGAUGGGGAGUCGGGCGGAGGUUUUGAAGCUUUUCAGAGCAUUGCACAGAACACGGCAACAGGUUUUUAAAAAUGAUGCCAGAGCCCUAGAAGCUGCAAGACAAAAGAUAAAUGAAGAAUUCAGAAACCAUCAAGAUGAGACCUCUUCUGAGAGAAUAGCAGAGCUUAUGAAAAUAGGUUCAGAUGUUGAAGUUCUACUCAGAACAUCUGUUAUACAGGGACUUCACACAGGUUCUGACACUCUGAGCAUCCCAGAGAGCUCAGUCUGUGACACGCUUCAGGAGAGCCUUCACCCUCUUCCUUCUUUCAUCUCCUGUUGCGGGGAAGCCUGUGCCAGCUCUGAGCUUGCUGGGACUCCUUCUGUCAUUAUCACCAUAAAAAUUGCCCAUGUCCCCCCUCUUUCUGCAUCUGCUGGAGAAAUGGGCAUUGUUGUAGGCACCUGCUCUUGCUCUGUGUUGCCACCACUGUGGGGAAAAUAGAUACAGUCUCAAGCAGCUCCUCUCCAUCUCCUACAUUUGGGGAAAUUAAAUUCUAUCCCAGAUGGCCCAUCCCUCUGCUAAGGUGAGAGAAUGAAGAAAAGGAAAUAAUGUAUGAGGACUGAGUGUGGGUCAAUGAAGAGUGAACAAGGAUGAGAGGGAGAAGGAAUGGGAUUGGUAGAGGCUGGCCUUUAGCUCUAGGAGUCAUUUAUCUCCCAUGUAGGAAAACUAAAUUAGAGUCAACAUCAUGAAGUUCUGUAUCCUGAAACUUUAAUUGAUAAGAGUGCCUUUUAUGUAUUUAACUUUCUUUGUCUAUUUUCAAUAAAACUUAAACCCGUGCAUUGUGGAUCAGUUUCACAUAUCCAUGUAUGUCAGAAGUGUGUUCUAGAUCUGACUCAGGUUACAGGGAAAGUGUAAGUGCUCCCUGUAUCAUUUUUAUGUCUCUUCUUUUGUGUAAUAAACAGUGACAAACUCAUUUAA